CUUUCGCGGCGCUCGAGGCUGAGGGUGACCCGGCAGUGGGGAGCCGAGCGAAGCAGCCGGUCGCCGCCACAGCGAUGUUUUAUUCAGGGCUCCUCACCGAGAGCGGCCGCAAGGAGACCGACCUGCGGGAGGCGGCGUCGCUGCGGCAGCAGCGCAGGAUGAAGCAGGCCGUGCAGUUCAUCCACAAGGACUCCGCCGACCUGCUGCCGCUGGACGGCCUCAAGAAGCUGGGGUCGUCCAAGGACACGCAACCUCAUAACAUUCUUCAGAGACGUCUUAUGGAAACCAAUCUGUCUAAGCUCAGAAGCAGCCGUGUCCCUUGGUCCUCCAAGACCAACAAACUCAAUCAGUCUAAGACAGAGGGGCUGAAGAAAUCUGAGGAUGAUGACAUGAUUUUGGUUUCUUGCCAGUGUGCUGGAAAGGAUGUGAAGGUCUUGAUUGAUACAGGGUGUCAACAUAAUCUCAUCUCAUCAGCUUGUGUGGACAGGCUGGGACUCAAGGACCAAGUCAAGUCUCACAAGCAUGAAGGCGAGAAACUGUCUCUGCCCCGGCAUCUGAAAGUAGUGGGCCAAAUUGAACACCUAGUAAUCACACUGGGCUCCUUCCGGCUGGACUGUCCAGCAGCUGUGGUUGAGGACAAUGAGAAAAGUUUGUCACUUGGUCUUCAGACUCUCCGAUCACUGAAGUGCAUCAUAAACUUAGACAAGCACCGGCUGAUUAUGGGGAAGACAGAGAAGGAAGAAAUCCCUUUUGUGGAGACAGUUUCCUUGAAUGAAGACAACACUUCAGAAGCAUAACUACAGCCUGCAGCAUGUCUGCACGUAUGCACACACACACACCAGAUUGACAGAUUGAGAAACUGAGUUUGAACCAAAUGUAGUAGCAACUUUCUGUGGACCAAGUCCUUUCUCUAGUAGAUGACCUAGGGGCUUCUUCCCAUCCAGACCUCUCUAGACUUUAGUCUGUCCUUAGAAAUCUUGUCUGGUUAUAGCCAUUUUUUUCUUUUACUUAUUUGAUCACUCAUAGACCUUUUUAACACUGCCAGGUCUCACGUGUGGCCUAUUUCUCUGCUUCUUCCAAGAAUUUGCUUUUAUUUAGUCAAGGGGCUGCCAGGUUCUAUUUCUCCCUAGAUGCACUUGCUUCUUUUCCUAUAGUUAAAAUGUAUAAUAAACUGGAACCUGACCUUUACCUCCUUUUAGCAUUUUCAAAGAGGUACAGAUACCAAUGUCUUAGAGUUAGAAUUUCUUCUGAUUCAUUCGUUUCUCUCAUAUGCUGAGUCAGUGGUAGAUGGGACCUGGAACUCAGAGAUAAUAUUUUCUUUCUCCCAUGCUGUUUCAUUUGUCUUAGAACCCUGAGAGGAGAACAGAGAGUGAGGAUUUAUAAAAAGGCAGCAUGGGCCACAGGUUCAAUCUCUAGCACUUCAGAGCUCUGGUUCUCUCAUUCUCGAAGUCUUUCUCAUAGUAAAUAACUAUUUUUUUAAAGGCUGGGUAGGGGAAGAAUAAGUUUUGAGGCUUAGCAAAAUAGCAUAAUGGUUGUGCAAAAAGACUUCCAUGUCUGAGUCUCCAAAGUUUCAAACUUAAAUCCAUGAACUCCACAGGACAGAGCUGAUCAGUGUUCUGAUGUCUCUGUCUCAUUAAAAUAAAAAAAAUAUAUAUAUAGAACUCAGAAUAUGUUUUGAGAACAGAUAGGAUUUGAGUAGCUGCCCUACUAUGUGCUAAUAACCCUACCCUAAGUUAGCACAUUUAGGUCUUACCUGGCUACUUUAAACUUGACAGUACAAAGAUAAAUGAGAUGUUUUCUUGACUACCUUAAGCUUCUCGGGGGGUAGGGUGUGUAUAAAGGGGCCACUUAGAGAGGAAUAUUAUUUACUCUCUCAGAUGGAAUUAAAAGCUUUAGUAAAUUAUCUGAGCAUCACUGUUAGGCACUGAUACCCUAAGAUCCAAUCAGUACUUCUGCCUAGGCUGGUUUUUUUUUGUCCACUACAGAUAUAAGUAUCUGGGAGCAGGACCAUGGAAAAGAUAUUUAUAAUCCCAAGCAGAUCCAGACUACAAAUAGAAGGGAAUUCUGGAUAGGAACAAUAGGAAGGCCUACUUAGGGGAAAAAUUCCAAGGUAGAAGUUGAGAUUAAACUUAUCAGGCUGGAACCUGAGAAUUUGGAAACUUCAGCUCUUUCCCUGGACAAGGAAGGAAUCAGGACAGGAACUGGCAUUGGUAAAGGCAGCAUUUUCUCACUUCUCAAUAUAUCUUGACCUGAGAGGGCUAGAUCAUAGGAGUUUCCUGGAUCUUUUUAUUAGGAUCUAAGUUAAUAAUUGUAAUGGAUUGUAAUGGAAUCUCCCCUUUUGUCAAAGUGUUGAAAUUUUUUUUUUUUAAUGUAAUCUGUGAUUAUUCCUUUAGAGAUUCCCAAGUUUACCCUUGGUUCAUAGCUAUAGUUCCCAUAAUAUUUAAUUAAAAAAAAAGUUUGUAAAUCUCACUUUGAAUUUUGCUAGAUCCCAUCUGUGUUUAGAAACGUUUAAUGAUUUUAGCCUCACAGAAUCUCAAGACUAAGGUACAUUGGUGACUCAUGUUAAUAGUUAGGCAGUUGUCCUGAGUUAUCACCAGGUCCCUUUCUUGUCAGCCACUGUAGAGGAAGCAAGGUGGAAACUCAGCAUAGCUACAGAAGGGAGAGCUAAAUUUGAGCAAUUUGAUCCCAAGAUAACCAGCUUUCAGUACCCACCUCUCUCUCUUAACUCCUUUUCUUACCUAGGGGAAUCUGAGCCAUUCCACUGAGUUCAAUCUGCUUCACCUACUUAGGGUACCACUGAAUUUUUUUUUUUUUAAGUUUUCAUGAAAGAUGGUAAGGCCAGAGCACUGCCCCUAUAUAAAUGGUGAUGAGGAUUGAAGCCAGACCUUCAUAAAUGCAAGUCCUGUACUGUACUGCUGAAUUAAUGCCCUGGCUUCUGGUCUUAUUAUUAUUAUUAUUUUAAUUUUUGUAUUAUCUUUAUUUUUAUUUACUGCAUAGACAGCCAGAAAUGGAGAAAGAAAGGGGUAAUAAAGAGGGACAGACAGAGAGACACCUGCAACACUGCUUCACCACUUGCAAAGCAUUCCCCCUGCAGGUGGGGACUAGGGGCUUGAACCUGGGUCCUUGUGCACUGUAACAUGUUCACUCAACCAGGUGCACCACCACCUGGCCCCCUUUAUUAUUUUUAUUUUAAGAGGGAAGGUAAGCCAGGGAGAGACACCCACAGCACUGCUUCACCUCUCGUGAAAACUGUUCCCCUGCAACUAGCCUACUUUUUAUCCUACGGCUUAGUGAAAUAUAUCACCUCCCACCCAAUCCCACCCCAAAUGGAGAGAUCUCCAUUAAGGCACACUGGGAGUUCUUUGACCUGGUGUAUAUUUAUUUGGAUUCCCUGCUGAAGGGUAUAGGCACAGUUCUGAAGACAGGCUGUAACAAGGAAUAGCACUAUAGAGUUGAUAACUCUCUUACUCAUUAGAUGUCCAUCUGAAAUGCAAGGAACAUGAAAAAAUACCGUUUUUGUUAUUUGGUAUUUCUGUGCCUGACUUGCUUGAGGAACAAAUGCUUUCUGACUUUUCUAUUUCCCUGCCUUACACGACUGUUAAGAUUUUCUAUCCCUUAGCUCAAAGUAUCUAUAGAAUGGAUUUCUUGGUAAGUCAGCUAUUAUGACUCUUGUGUAAUAGAAUUAUCUUUCUAUGCUGGGGACAAGGAGGAGAAGAACUGGAUUUUCCCCUCCUUCUAUUGCCAAACCUCUGCAUUUUACUUUAUCUGCUCAGUGUUUCUGAUUGUAUAGGGUCUGUUUGUGAGAUUGAUGUAACAAUAAAGUAAAAUCUUCCUGUG